GCUGCCUCUCCCGCCAGACAAGCUCGAUUCGAGGCUGCCUCCACCGGCACGCCAUCGGUGCAGAUGGCCACGGACCGCCAGAAGCGCGCCAAGGCCGCCGCGGCAAGGCAGAAGGCGGCCCGCUCCCAAAAAGUGGCCAAAAAACGGAACAUCCUCGACCGGCUGGGCGCAUCGACCACGACCAAGGUCGUGACCGUGCGCGGCGUGGGCCCGACCGUGUCGGCUGUGGAAGUAAGAGACUUGUUCGCGUCGGUCGGCGCGGUCGAUCGCGUCACCUCAUCCUUGGGCGCGAACACGUCCUCGACGACCUACGAAGUCGCAUUUCGCACGCCGUCGAAGGCGCGCGCGGCCGUCGCGGAGUUCGACGGCCGCGCGCUCGACGGUCGGCCGCUCCGCGUAGCGCUGAAGGGCGGGACGCCGGCCGCGGCCGCGGCACGCGUGGUGGUGGACGUCGCCGCCAGGGCGGCGCGCACCGCGAGGCCGAGCAAGCCCGUGGUCGUCGACCUGGGCGGCCCGCGACGAAAAAAGAAACACCAAACCGCGGUUAGGAAACCGCCGAAAUCCAAAAAAAGCCCGCGUCGACCGGCGUCCGCAUCCAAGAACCGCAUCGACCAGGGCGCGGCCGGGCGCUUGAUUCAGGCAGCGCUACGGUAAGUAUAAUUGUCGCGUC